AUCCGACGGCAGUCAGUCGCCUCUGCCGUCAAACAAAACAGGAACAGUGAGCAACAGUGAAAAUGGCCAGAAUAAUAGUGUUGUUAUCGAUCGUUGCCUUCGCAAGUGCCACGUAUCCGGCAUCGAAACUAGUCAAGAACAUUUAUAACGAAUGCCUUAGCCAGUAUUCGGUGGAAUGCGUGAAGCCGAGGACCCUGCAGUGGAUGUCAUCGGUUGCCAACGACGACGAAAUUAAGAUCACUGAAGAUCUUUCUAUCGUGAAGACCGGAACAGUUGAGGAUGAUGAAUCUGCCGACCCUAGACUGGCCAAGGAUCCGGCCUACGAAAUGUUCGACAAAGUGGACAAGUUUCUCCAGAGUCAUACUCUUAGGGUGAAAGUUCCAGAGGAGAUAACGAAAAGUGCUGCUUCAGAGUACGUGCCAAGGUCUCUCUUGACUGACUUGCCUUCUGAGCUGGACAUGCCCUUAGAUGGAGAAGAUGAGGCUGAAGUCGUUGAGGGCAGGAAGAAGAAGAUCAAGCUCCCUAAACCAUUGAGGAUCAAGAGCAAACACGGUUUCAUCAAGAAGGUUAUCCUGCCUUUCCUGCUGGGUCUCAAAUUUAAAGCUUCUGUUCUCGUUCCCUUGGCGCUAGCCCUCAUCGCUCUGAAGACCUGGAAGGCUCUUACUCUUGGUCUCAUUUCCCUUGUUUUAUCUGGUGCCAUGGUCAUCUUCAAAUUCACGAAGCCCAAGGUCGUGAACUACGAAGUAAUCCACUAUCCUCAACACCAUGUGGAGCACCACGUAGACCACCACGCCCCUGCCUGGGACGCACACGGCCCCUACCAAGCGAGAUCCUACGAAGACGCUCACGAAAUCGCAUACUCCGCACAAAUAUAAAAACACAAAAAAAAAGUAGCUUUAAAACGACGGACCUCUGAUUAAUUUAUUUAAAUUAUUAAUUUAUUUAUUGUUAUGUUGUAAAUAAAAUCAUUUAAAAAUAAGUUUCAAAUUUAAAAA